UCGUACCGGUCGUGUAUUCAUUCAUAUUUUGUGGUCUAAGGGAAAUAACUCUGACGUGCAGACGCCCCGGCGCCAAAGAUGAAAGAGAAAGUUGCUGGUGUGAAACAACAACAACACAGGGGCCUACGAGCUCAAUAAUAUGUCGGACUGUCGGUAGACGAUUGAAGUAUAUGGUGUUGAUAUAAGAUAAUCAUCCAUUGGAGACAUGGUUUGUUUUCUCUGUAUCAGCGUUAUUUUAGUCCAGUUGCUUGCAUUGCUCACUGUAGUGGGGUCAACUGAUGACCUUUCACCUGAUGGGUCAAGGGUAGCACCUCAUGACCUUGAAUGGGAUGAAAGAGGCUACAUUCUGUUUUGUCUGUGUAUGGGUCGGUUUGGGAACCAAGCAGAACAUUUUUUAGGUGGUCUGGCAUUCGCUAAAGCUGUGGACCGGACCUUAAUUCUUCCUCCAUGGCGGACAUAUAAAAAUGUGCCCUUUAAUGAAUGGUUUGAUGUGACUUCUGUCGGAGAGUAUCACAGAGUGAUCACAGCCGAGGACUUUAUGGAGAAGCUGGCCCCUAAGUACUGGCCCCAAGGGAACAGAACGGGGUACUGCUUUGGUUACCAAGGGUCCAGUGUCCCCUGUAAGAUGAAAGAAGGGAAUCCAUUCGGGCCGUUCUGGGAUGGCCUUGGAGUAUAUUUUGACCGCAGUGUCUCCUACCAUGUAAUGUAUACUGACCAUAUCGGCUGGAGGAAACGGUUUCCGGCUGAUGAGGAACCUGUUGUGGCCCUUAAAGGAGCUCCAGCCCCUUAUCCCAUGGCAGAGGACACAGUCCCUCUUCAGAAAUACCUCAGGUGGUCGUCUACAAUAGAGGACGAGGUCCAAAGUCACAUCGCAAAGAUGUUUGAACAAGAACGAUUUAUCGGGAUUCAUCUUCGCAAUGGUGUAGACUGGAAAAAUGCUUGCAAGAACGUAGAGGGUGAAAGUAAGUUCAUGGCGUCACCUCAGUGUCUCGGCUAUGAAGGGAAAAACAAGAUUUCUGCGGAGAUGUGCUUUCCUUCUGAUUCUGAAAUAUUCAGGUUGUUGGAAAAAGUUGUUAAAAUCUCUGGUAUUCAUCAAAUAUAUGUAGCAACGGACAAGAACCCCUUGACAAAAGAAAUUGAGAAACAUUUCACAAAAUUACAGGUCAAAGUUCAUCAUCUAGAUCCCUGGCUUCCACAGAUUGACCUCGCCAUAUUAGGGAAGUCCGACUACUUCAUCGGCAACUGUAUAUCAUCCUUCACAGCUUUCGUUGCUAGGGAGCGACUCAUCAGUGGAAAACCAACGUUUUAUUGGGGCUACAGCAGUUAACACAAACUAAAUAUAUAGGUAUACCAUACAAUGACAUUUGUCUAGCUCUAAUUAUAUAGUAUUGUACUGGGUCAGGGGUCACAAACUAUUACCGUAUUUACCCGGUAGUACACCCAGGGAUCGCGAUACCAUACAAUGACAUUUGUCUAGCUCUAUAAUUAGUAUUGUACUGGGUCAGGGGUCACAAACUAUUACCGUAUUUACCCGGUAGUACACCCAGGGAUCGCGAUACCAUACAAUGACAUUUGUCUAGCUCUAUAAUUAGUAUUGUACUGGGUCAGGGGUCACAAACUAUUACCGUAUUUACCCGGUAGUACACCCAGGGAUCGCGAUACCAUGCAAUGACUUUGGUCUAGCUCUAUAAACAGUAUUGUACUUGGUCAGGGGUCACAAACUAUUACCGUAUUUACCCGGUAGUACACCCAGGGAUCGAGAUACCAUGCAAUGACUUUGGUCUAGCUCUAUAAAUAGUAUUGUACUUGGUCAGGGGUCACAAACUAUUACCGUAUUUACUCGGUAGUACACCCAGGGAUCGCGAUACCAUACAAUGACAUUUGUCUAGCUCUAUAAAUAGUAUUGUACUGGGUUGGGAGACACAAAAUAUUACCAUAUUUACUCUGUAGAAUGUCCAGGGGAUCAAUAUCAUACAUUCACACUUGUCUAGCUCUAUAAAUAUUAUUGUACUGGGUUGGGAGACAAACUAUUACCAUAUUUACUCUGUAGAAUGUCCAGGGGAUCAAUAUCAUACAUUCACACUUGUCUAGCUCUAUAAACAGUAUUGUCCUUGGUUGGGAAACACAAACUAUUACCAUAUUUACCCUGUAGUAUGUUCAGGGGAUCAAUUCCCUUACUUUGGGAUAUUUUGGUGUCAGAAAGUUUUGGCAUUCUUUUUUUUUUUUUUUUUUGUCGAAGCACGGCGGUUAUAUUUUGGUAUAUACAUGUAACUGCUGACUUGAAGCUUUUACUUCAUAAUUUUGCUGAACAGCAAUCUAUAGAUUGUACAAGGCAUGGUAUUUUUGCCGGAUUAAUACAGUAGAGUGCCGAAAGAGUUCAGAGGUCCCACAUUCAAAUUAUUAAAGCACAUGUAGAGUGCCAGGAAAGUUCAGCGACCCGAAGUUCAAAUUGAAGCUGUGUAGCAUUUUCCUGGUCCUGUGACAUUGCUGAUUUUAUGACGGUUUUUACCAAAAUUUAUUGAUGAUUUAUAUGAAUGGAAUGAGAUGUUCCUUGUUCAGGAGUUGUCAUUUCACCUGCAAAAAAAAAAAAUGUUUUCAUCAGAAUGAGACAUGUAAACUAUUUAAGCUUAUGAUUUAAGUGUUUUCAAAUGGUGUUUCUGGAAAAUAUUAUUAACUGGAGAAGUGUUUCACUGUGUGAAUGCUUAUAAUUAUAUUUGUUGUGUAAAUGAGUAGGGGAGAUAACUCCUUCAAGCAUGUGACAAUUCUAAAAACUUGUAGUAAUUAUGAAGAGUGCAUGUGGUGUAUAAACUGUUGUAUCAUGUUAAACAAUGGUAAAAGUUAAAUGCUCCAAAAGUUUAAGCAAAUUAUUUUUAUAUUGAAUUCAAAAUUGAUAAAUAAUUAAUUCUGUCCAAAGAAAAUUCAAUCAUGCUCCGACUCAUAUCUUGUAUGUUAAUUAACUUUCGUCAGCUGAUAAGCAAUCAUUAUUAAAAUGCUGUUAUUAUUUUUGUUGGUGUUAAUAAGACAGAUUUCUAUUCUGUGGGUGCUAUUUUAUGUAUUUAAGAAGCAGUAUAUACAUUGUUGAUGACGCAUCAUCUUUUGUUUUGAAUAUAUUGAGGGAGGGCGGGGAAAUGUUUUUAAUCUUUUGUAAAAUUAUCUAUUUCUAGUUUAACCAACACAAAUAUAGCCCUGCAUGUACAUGUCAUAAUUUCUAGUCAGAUUUAAUAAUGAUCCUAUAAAUGUCAUAUUCCUUCAAUGAAAUUAGUUUUUGAAAAAUUGUCCAUUUUGACAUACAAAAUAAAAGAUCAGUCAUGUGUUAACAAAAAAUAUUCUUAAAUAAAACAGAUUUUUUCGUUUUUUAUCAAAUCUCAAUUGAUGCUCAGUGAGUUGAUUAUAUACAAUAUGAUAGUACUGUCUUGUUGAAUAAAGGAAUUUAAAACUACA